ACCAGAAGAUCUUAGAAGCCUUUUUGGAAAAUAUGGACCUAUUUCAGAUGUGUACAUACCUUUGGACUACUACACACGAAGACCACAUCAAGUUACUAAUAUGAAAUCCAAGUUUAACAAGACAAAUGAAUUUAACAUCUGGGGAAAAAAUGUGCAAGUCCUUCAAGCACUGUGUCAGUCAGGGUGGUCUGUUGCAAGCAAGUGUAGAGCACAAGCCACUGUUCCUGUGUCACCUUCCAUGUGCUACUGCUCAUUCAACUUGAAAGUGAAAACAAGUAUGGUCAAGUAAGCAAGUCAAGCAAAAGGGUCAAAGUGAUUCCAGAAAAGUUCAAACAAACACCUUAGGAUUGGUGUACACUUGUCAAAUAAAAGUCAAGAAAGUUGCUACAGUCAAGCAUCACUGAGAUGAUGAUUCUCAUAUAACAAGCGUUUCUUAGCAUCAGAGCAUUACUACUGGUGUGAAUGAUAAAAAAGGCAACUUUCAAGGUGCUGAAAUAAAGAACAAGCUCAAGUAAUAUUCAGGUAUUGUGAUUCACUAGUGUGAAUUAUAGGGGGAGGGGAUUCAGUUAACUUUCAAGGUGCUGAAAUAAAGAACAAGCUCAAGUAAUCAGAUGUUUCUUCGUUCUGUUGCUAGUUUAUUCACGAGGUACAAGUGCUAAAUUCGGAUGAUACUCUUUUAUCAACUGUAUGCAGCUACGUGAACCUUAAAUAGGAUUGGUGUAUACUUUUUUUUUGUCACAGAAGUAAUUAAAGUAUACUUGAAUAUAUUAUUCAAAGUUAGUGGGGGGUAAAAAAAAAUUAAAACGUAAUACUUGAGAAGACAUUACAUUUGCACAGCUUGCUUUUCAAAUAAAAAUGUACUUAGUAAGGGAAACUUUAGUGACAAAGUUUUUAUGUACCAUCCCACAUUUUGUUCAUUAAUUAAAGAGUUCUUUUGAAAUCAUUGGCUUCUGAACACCUUAACUCAGAUGAACGUUUGAAGACAUGCGGGAUGCUGAGGAUGCCAUCUAUUCCCUGGACAGAACUAGGUUUUUUGGAAGAGAACUUGAGAUUGAGUUCGCUCAAGGAGACCGUAAGACUCCAAAUGAAAUGAGGUCCAAAGAACACUCUCGUCGAUCAAGCUCUCCUUAUUACAGCAACAGUAGACGCGAUGAAUACAGAGGAAGACGCCGACGUUCUCGCAGUCGUUCAUCUCACCGCAGGGAUUACAGAAGACGAAGCCGUCAUUCAUACAGCCAUUCUAGAUCACGUUCAAGAUCGAAGGAUCGCAGAAGAAAAAGUUCACCGUCUCGAAGGUCUCGGUCAUACUCGAAAUCCCACUCUCGUUCGCCCGGACAGGAUCGAGAACGAAGCAGAUCGAACAAAGAACAGUCUCCUAGCGAACGUUCCAAUCCAGAAAAUCAAGACAAUCACCUUGACUGAAAAAAGCACAAAUCUGAUUGGAUGAUAAGUAAAUCUUAUAGAAGAGAGCUUUUUUCUUUCUUUCUUUUCUUUUAACUACAUUAGCAGUGUUUUAUUUUGUAUCUCUCACUUGUAGAAAUUGUUCAUAUGUGCCGUUAAUAAAAUGUAAAUGUUUGGAAUACCGGUUGGUCACUAGGUUUAUCAAGUAUUUUAAAUUCUGUUUUUAGAAAAACAAAUCACCAUCGCAGAAAUGUCAUUGUUGUGAUUUUAUCAAGUUCAUUAUUUACAUCACUGUUUCAAAACAUACUUGUUCCCAGUUCUAAAUUCUGAAAAUAUGUUUUAAAAACUAUUAAACUUUGUAGAAAUAUGUCAUUCCAUAGGUAUUAGUCUGAGUUAGGACUUAAGUUAUAGUAAUAAGCAGACUUGCAGUAAAAAAAACUUCCACGAAUAACUACAAUCUGUAAGGAUGGAGUUUAGAGGUGCUCGAAGCAAUAUGAAUUCCUUUAUUGUUAUUUUUGGUGACUUCCUGAAAUAAAGUUAUAAACUGGAUUCAUUGAAAUA